UUUAAAUACUCGCCUGCACUCCACAUUUCCACCUCUCUCCCAUUAUUUCAUUUUUAUUUCUUCACACAAUAUAUAUUCAUUAUUAAAGAAUUGAAUUCCUGUUUUUGAUGUGUUCAUGUAAUGCAACCUCAAGAGCAGUUGAACUACUCUGGAAAUUUAUUUUCCGAACAUCUCAUUACUAAGACUUCCGACAGAAGCGAUCAGCUCUCCCAAUGGGUCGAACACGUCACCAAGCAGCUUAUAGAAGACCUUCCCGAAACCGAUCACGACCUCACGCCGACCUACGACGACGGCGGCGCCACCGUCGCCGCUCUCCUAGGCGAGCUCAGCCCUAUUAGAAAGGCCGCCAGGAAGAGCUCCGACGACAGCCCGGGCUCCACUCUCCCGACCAAAGUGCCGGCGGAUGAGGUGGCGAUGAGCCUGCUGACGCUGCUGUUCGAGUGCGCCGUGGCGAUCUCGCUGGACAACCUCGGCGAGGCCCACCGCAUGCUGCUCGAGCUGUCGCAGACGGCGUCGCCCUACGGCGCGUCGUCCGCGGAGCGGGUGGUGGCCUACUUCGCCAAGGCUAUGUCGAGCCGGGUGGUGAACUCGUGGAUCGGGGUGUGCGCCCCGAUCCACGUGGACUUCAAGGCGGUACACGCGGCCUUCCACGUGUACAACAACGUGUCCCCGUUCGUGAAGUUCGCCCACUUCACCUCCAACCAGGCGAUCCUGGAAGCCUGCAGCCGCCACUCCAGGCUGCACAUAGUCGAUCUCGACAUCAUGCAGGGCCUGCAGUGGCCGGCCCUCUUCCACAUCCUGGCCACCCGGGCGGAGGGGGCCCCUUACGUCCGGAUGACCGGGUUGGGAAGCUCUAUGGAGCUGCUCCUCGAGACAGGGAAGCAGCUCUCCAGCUUCGCUCGGCGGCUGGGGAUGCAGUUCGAGUUCCACGCCGUCGAGAAGAAGUUCGGGGACGUGGCGGAUGUGUCAGCCCUGGGCAUCCGGCGCGGGGACACGCUGGCGGUGCACUGGCUGCAGCAUUCCCUGUACGACGCGACGGGGCCGGACUGGAAGACGAUGAGGCUGCUGCAGGGGCUGCGGCCGAGGGUGGUGACGCUGGUGGAGCAGGAGAUCGCACACGGGGGGUCGUUCCUGGACAGGUUCGUGGCGUCGCUGCACUACUACUCGACGAUGUUCGACUCGCUGGGGGCGUUCCUGGCGGGGGAGGACGCGGGGCGGCACAGGGUGGAGCAGUGGGUGCUGCACAGGGAGAUAAACAACGUGCUGGCGGUGGGGGGGCCGGCGAGGAGCGGGGAGGAUAAGUUCAGGAACUGGAGGAGCGAGCUGGCGGGGAGUGGGUUCGUGCAGAUGGGGAUGAGCGGGAAUGCCAUGGCGCAGGCGCAGUUGAUACUAAACAUGUUCCCGGCGGCGCGUGGGUACAGGCUUGUGCAGGGAGAUCAUGGAACCUUGAGCCUCGGAUGGAAGGAUACCAGCUUGUACACUGCCUCUGCUUGGACUUCACCCAAUCAUCACUUACAUCACAUGCAUGCACCAUCCUAAAUUAAUCUUAUAUAUACUAUCAUUUCUUACUCUUAUACAACGCAGCCACAAAUUAAAACUACCGAGUGUAUGUGUAUUUACAUUGGGGCUUCGAACUGGUUUAGAUCGAAUUCAUUCAUUCUAAUGUUUUGUUGCUCA